AUGCAUGGGGUCAAGCGUGCGCGUCUAUCUGCGGAGGCCAAGGCCCAGCGAAAGGUAAAAGAGCAGUCCAAGCUCCAAGCAUACCUUCAAUUAGAGACGCACUUUUUUGAAUUGAAAGAUGCUGAUGUCUGUUCGGAAGACUCGCUCGAGGUGACGGGCAAGCUACUCUCGUUCAAUCCUGAACAUUACACAGCAUGGAACUUCCGAAGACGCAUUCUGGAUCGCCUAUUUGCGCAUGACUCGAGGAGUGCAUCUUUAAACCAGGCGGCCAAAAAAGACUUCUUCGCAGCCGCUCCCGCGCUGCGCUCGCACCCUAAGGUGUAUUGGAUUUGGAACCACCGCCAAUGGUGCCUCGAAGAAUACCCAGAUGCUCCCGUGACGGCUGAGGAAGAUGACACUGGUGCAGAAACGAGCAAGGAGGCGACGGCGGCGGCACGCCUUGCCGCUGUCGAGCAGAAAUGGCGAUUGGAGAUGAGGCUCGUUGACAAGAUGCUCGAUCUUGAUGGACGCAAUUUCCAUGGUUGGAAUUACCGCCGCUACCUCCUAACGCAGCUCGCGCGCGCUUCUGCUGAGACAGGCAGCACUGAUGGAAGCAGCAGCGCAUCAUCGGAGCUAUCCUAUACGCUCAGCAAGAUCGAGAAGGACUUUUCCAACUUCUCCGCAUGGCAUCAGCGCCAGCUGCUCUACUCGCGUCAAUGGCAAUUACAAGCGGCUACCCGUUCGGACUCGGGCUCGUCAGCCUUAACCAAGGCGAACGACUUGGCGCGCGAGUUCGAGCUGGUGCAGCAGGCCAUGUACACGGAUCCGAGUGAUCAGAGCGUGUGGCUGUACCAUCGCUGGCUCGUGGAGGAGGACCCUCGUGCGGAGGUGUUGGAUCGGGAGAUCAAAGCGGUGGAGGAGUUGCUCGAGAUUGAACCAGACUCGAAGUGGUCGAUGCAGAGCAUAGUGCACUAUCGCUCACUGCGCAGAACGCUUCAUAGCAAGAUUGAUGAGCAGCAGGACCUGGCCGAGGAGCGGCGCUUGCUGCAAGCCCUCGUCAUCAUCGACCCAGAUCGACGACGGCGGUAUGAGGAUGAGCUUUGCAAGCGCAUAUGA